AUGGCGGCUAUUGCGGUUGUUCCUGAGGACGGCACUUACCUCGACACCUUCAAGGGGUCCUUCACGCGGGUCCCAAUUGAUGCCGAGAAAGACAAUGCCAUCGCGACUACGGAGUUCCUCGAGGCUUCCGAGUCGCUGACUACCAUGUUUGACCUCCUCGGCUCGGUCGCUUUCUCUCCUGUGAAGAAGGACUUGCUUGGCAACAUUGAGAAAGUGAGGAAGAGGCAGCUGGCUGCCCCCCUCGAGUCCGAGAACCUCCAAGACCUCGUCCGCAACGAGCUUAAGUCCAAGUCCCACACCGCCACCGAAGGCCUGCUCUGGCUUGUCCGCGGCCUCGAGUUCACGUGCAUCGCCCUCAGCCAGAACCUCGCCAACCACAAACACGAGCUGGCCGACUCCUUCCGCGACGCCUACGGCAAGACGCUCAAGCCACACCAUAGCUUCAUCAUCAAGCCCAUCUUCAGCGCCGCCAUGGGCGCGUGCCCGUACCGCAAGGACUUCUACGGCAAGCUCGGCACAGACGAGGCUAAAGUGCACGAGGAGCUGGACCUGUACCUCAAGGCUCUCGACAAGAUUGUUGGGAUUCUUAAGGGUUUCCUUGAGACUAAGGAGGCGAAGUGGUAG